AUGAACCAGCUAUUCACAAUUUACUUUGUAUUCACUUACUUCGGCGAGCUACUCGCUGCAGGCAUGGUCGGCUUUUUUGCCCCUGUUGGAUUCCUGUCUCCAUUCAUGCUUAGCAUAACUCUCUUAUCCUUCCUACUUGCACUGCUUCAUGUUCGCCUGGUGCACACAGUGUUAAACCGAUCCCCCCGUCCGCAAUUGCCUCUUGUCUCAUGCAGCAAUGGGUUCAGGAUUUCUGGUGGUCUCAAUCGAAGUUCGCUCUUACGACAUAACACAAACCCUGCCGCUCAAAGGAUAUUUGGGAAAUCUGAUAAUACCAGCUACUGCGCUGACAGGCAAGAUUUGGGGUCGCUGGGGGAUGUUUAUGACUUCUUGCUCUCAUGGUUUUCAUCAUGUAUUGCGUCCCAUACCAACACUCCGGAAACACUCCCUCAAACACUUUCCGAGCCAUUCACCAACCAUUACUUACGCUUCGACACUCCCAUGUCACCUGUAAGUCACACAGCGGGUACCAACGUACUUCCCCAACCUUAUUACCAGCUUUCAGACCAAUACCAUAGAGAGAAGAAAUCAGAUGAAGAAUCUUGCAUUGGUCUCCAUGUGUAG